AUGAAUCCCCUUUUUACCACCAUCGCGGCUCUCGUUGCCACAGCCAAUGCCUUGAUUGCACUGCAACCCCCGGACACCAGGCUUCCACCCCAAGCAGGCCUCGAGAUCAACCUCAGUCAACCGUACACACUCACCUGGAACCAUGACAACACCGAGACCGGAAACCUCUGCAUCGACCUGGUGACCUACGUGAACUUCUGCCCCGAAUCAGCCCGUAUCGUCAUAAAUACCCCGAUCGUAAACGACCAAUACACCCUUACCCUCAGCGACAUCCAGAGUAAGAUGUUGACUGCCCAGACCCAAAACGGAUGUCCUAAUCAGCCCCAGAAUCGGCCUAUUGAUAGGGGGUAUGCUCUUGCUUCGGAAUAUUUUGAACCGAGAAUACGGGGCUGA